AUGCCCAAAGACAGACACUCCAGAGACAUAUCUCCUGCUCAGCGCGAUCGUAGCGCCUACAAGCGCAAACACCGCGAAGCCUCCGAUGACGCUCCACCGGCCAAGAAGAAAAUCCAACUCGGAACACAAAAGCGCGAAAAGAACGAAUAUCCCUCCGUCAACGAACUGAAGAGACGUAUUCGUGCCGUCAAACGACUCUUGGAGAAGGUGGACUUGCCCGCUGAUGCACGAAUCGUUCAAGAACGAGCGUUAUCAGGGUAUGAGAAGGACUUGGAGGAUGAGAUGCAGCGACGGGAUAGGUCGCAGAUGAUCAAGAAGUAUCACUUCGUUAGAUUCUUAGACCGCAAAUCAGCAACCAAAGACCUCAAGCGUCUCCAGCGCCGCGAAACGGAAACUACGGACCAGGAAGCUCUUGAGUCCCUCCACGAGGAACUUCACGCCGCCCGCGUCAGCCUCAACUACACAAUCUACUACCCGCUCAACGAUAAAUAUAUCUCCCUCUACGCAGAACAGAAGCAGAAGAAGCCUUCUCAGUCUGAGUCCGCGGACGAUACCUAUUCUGGAGCUGAUGAGAAGGAUACCACUGUGACGAUGACUCUGGCGAAUACGGAGAAGCCACCCAUGUGGUUUACCGUCGAGAAGUGCAUGGAAGAGGGUACGCUCGAUCUGUUACGGGAGGGCAAGUUGAACAUCCCAGGAGAGAGUGGAGGGGACACGAAGAAGGCAUCGACAACGACGGAGAAGAAGAAGGGCGUUGCCAAGAAGGCUAGCAAGGAAUCGAAGAAACCAAUGGAAAAGAAAGACAGCCGCACCAAAUCAAAGCAGGAGCCGGAGCCGGAGCCUGUCAAUCGAAGAAGCAGGCGUAAUGCUGCCAGAGAAGAGGCGAUCAUGCGCAAGGCCCAGACGGAUGACGGCGAUGAUAGCGAUGGUGGUUUCUUUGAGAUGUGA